CAUGUCUCACGGAAAGCAGUUCACACUGAUCAGCUCUCUAACGGGGCCCAAUGCCUGGAAAAUCGAUUUUGUCCUCCUCGAGCUGGGCUUGGAGUACGAGUCGAAGUUCCUUGACUUCACCAAGCUAGAGCAGAAGGCGCCGGAUCACACCAAGUACAACCCGAAUGGUCGUAUUCCGACCCUGAUAGACCACUCGAACAACGAUUUUGUCAUGUGGGAGUCGGAUGCGAUCAUGCUCUACCUGGUCGAGAAGUAUGAUACUGAGCGCAAGAUAUCCGUCUCGGACUUCAAUGAGAAGUUUGAACAAGUUCAGUGGCUGUUCUUCCAGGCCUCCGGCCAAGGCCCAUACUUCGGACAGGCGGUUUGGUUCAUGCAUUACCACCCCGAGAAGAUCUCCAGUGCCGUCGCACGCUACCAGGCUGAGACGAUCCGUGUGCUCGGCGUCCUUGACGGUGUGUUGUCCAAGCGCGAAUGGCUCGUCGGCGGGAAGUGCACCAUCGCCGACCUUUCGUUCGUCCCGUGGAACUUGUAUGCGUUGAGGGUCAUCCUCAAGAACCGUCCUGACGUAGACGUCCCAAAGGAUUAUCCUGCGUAUUACAAGUGGCACCGCGCCAUGUUUGCCCGCGAGUCAGUGGCGAAGAUUGCGGCCCCGGCGGAGGCUGCUUUGAUUGAACGAGGGAGGUGAAACAAGAUACGUGAUCGUUGUCACUGGCGUAGGCGGACGACAGCGAAGCAAGUAGUAGACUUGUCGGAGUUCCUUACGUCCGUACAAGGCUACUAUUCGCUGGUCACACUAUGUGCUUCCGAUAAAUGUGCAUACGAUCUAAAGCUGGUUUGGAUAACUCAGGAGCGUAUUGCGUGACUCACCUGUCGGCAUUGAAUUCCAGAUAACCUCAUGGGCGGAACGGAGCGAGGCAGUUCAUGAAGCCAUUCACGGCGGCCGUACGCAGGAUUUCUCCGCAUCAUCUGGACGCCCAAGUCAGGCCAGUAUCAUUGUGGAGGUCAUGGUAGUCAAUGUGCGCAGUUUAGGCGCGGUAUCACUCUCCGGACAUGGGAUCGUAGCAAGUGGUCGUGAUAUACUAGUAACGGAUAGGUGGGUUCUGGCUUUCUCGGGCAUGAUUCAGCCA